AUGGAACGUUACGAUAGACAGGUGAGGUUGUGGGGGGUUGCUGGGCAGCAAGGUUUAGGUAAUGGUUCUGUGUUGAUUGUUGGUGAUUUACAGGGAGGGUUAUGUCAAGAGGUAAUGAAGAAUCUUGCUUUGUUAGGGAUUGGGAAGAUUAGUUUAACUGGUGCGGGAGAUUGUAGGAGUGGUGCGGGUAAGUUUUUUGGCGCAAACGGGAUUGAGUCGUUGAAUCACGAUGUGGAAUGGGAGUUUUUAGAAUGGGAUGGGGUGCGGCAAGGCAUGCUGAUGGAUUUGGAGGGUGAUUUUUGGAGCAGUUUUUCAAUUGUGGUUAUGGUAUCAUGCGAUAAGGAAGUUUUGGGGAGUGUCACACGAGUGUGGGAGAGGUGUUUUAAGUUUCGGCCGUUGCCUGUGUUAGUUAUAGCGCAUAGUGAGGGGCUGUAUGGUUAUGUCAGGUUAGUUUCUAAUGAGGUGCAUUGUGUAGUUGAUGUUCAUUCUCAGCAUUUUGUUCCUAAUUUAAAGCUGGACGUAGGGUGGCCCGAACUUGAUAGGUUGUGCGAGAGCAUUGAUUUUGCUGGUAUGGAUGAAAAUGAGUUGUCUGAGGUACCUUUUGCGGUGUUGCUUAGGAUUGUUGUUAAGAUGCUGUUGUCUUCUAAUGCGACAAGGGAUGGCGGUUCUUUUAGUAAGCAGCAAAUAAAGGAUGCUUUGAUCAAGUUGCAUCAAAAUUAUUCCAAUGAAUCUUUUAUCCAAGAUUUAAACUUUCUGGAGGCUGAGAGAUAUUAUCAUUUGACUGUUGUGGACUCGCAUGCAAUUCCAGAGGCAUUAUCUAAUAUUAUAAAUUCAAUUCCUGAUGAUUAUAAUAAUCUGUUCGACAAGUUUAAUAGGAAUUUUUGGGUACUAAUUGGCGCCCUGAAAAGGUAUUUGAACAUGUAUAAGGAAUUGCCAUUGCCGGGGCUGAUACCCGAUAUGGAAUCCAAUACUGAAAGAUAUAUACAAUUGAAAAAGUGUUAUAAAGAUAAAAGUAAGCAAGACGUGGAUCGUUUUGUCGCCUGUUUAGAAGAUUGCUCUGACAUUGAUGUUAAAUCGAUGGCGCCUUUGUUUUGUGAGAACGUUCAGCAGCUUAGAACAGUGGAUUUUUCGAAAUUGGUGUGCCCUGAGGACUGUUUAAAUAAAUUAGGGAAUUACAAACAUGAUUCAGCUGCUUUAUUGGCAGUACUCAUCGUACAUCAAUAUGAUCUCAAAUAUACAUUGAAUUCUUCAGCUCAAUUUAAUUAUGCCGAUAGCAUAAAAAAAUUGAAAUCUAAAAAUUUGUAUCCAACCAAUGCAUUUAUUGGUGGCUUUGUAUCACAAGAGGUUAUGAAAUUAUUAACUCACCAAUAUGUUCCAUUAGAAAACACAUUUGUUUUUGAUGGUUUGCAGAAGAGUGCUGAAUCAUUUCGACUUUAA